AGUGCAAUUUGAUACGACGUCGUAUCUACAGUUAGCCUUCUUGGCCAAAUUUUAUCUCAUCCGUCCUGCAACCAUUUUCAUCUUCACAGCUUCAAAACAAUCAAAACUACAAAAAAUUACAUAUCUGAUGAGUUCGUAUAGGAACCCUUCAGCUAAAAAGAAACACCAGAAAAGGGCGGUUUUAGGAGUGAGUUUCAGGCCCGAAAACUUCAUCCCGGGCCUGAUUAUUGGCUUCAUAUGUGGGUUCUUUUUGGACUUGGCUAAGCCCGCAAAAGGCCCGAGUGGCAGGAAAAUUGGGAGCUCACCAAUAAGCAAAAAUCAUCAGCAGCCAAGAAUUGCGUCUAGCAACAAUGAGGAAGAGCUUAAAAUGGUCUUAGUAGUUAGGCAAGAUCUGAAGAUGGGAUCCGGAAAAAUCGCCUCUCAAUGUGCUCAUGCUGCUACUGGCAUGUAUGCAGAUCUCGUGCAAAGCAAUAGAUCUCUUCUGAGGCAAUGGGAGCUCUGCGGCCAAGCCAAGAUAGUCGUUACGUGCAAAAACCAGCAAGAAAUGAAUAAGAUAAAGGAUGCUGCUGAAACCAUUGGCCUCCCUACUUUCACAGUUGCUGAUGCAGGACGAACUCAGGUUUCUGCUGGCUCGAAAACUGUCCUUGCAGUCGGACCUGGGAAUAAAUCAGCUGUGGACUCUGUAACAGGGAAGCUGCGGUUGCUUUGACAUUGGUUCAUGAAUUUUACAUUUUAGACUGAUAAGAAAUGACACGGUGAAGACGCAAUUGGAUUCACAGGAGAGCUGGCUUGGACAAGGCGACCAUAGCUACGACCACGUGGUUCAAAUCAAAGGUGUUUAUUUGUUGUGUAUGUAAGUUAGCCAAGUCGUAGAGAGGUUAAUGCCUGAGUCCAAAGGAAUCGGGUUCGAGUCCUUCGUGACGCGGCCUUUAAAUUUAUUUGUUUAUUUGUUAACUAAAUUACAUCAUCUAUUUUACACAUCAUCCACACAUAAUUUUCAGGGAUACUAAUACAAUAUUCUUCAA